AUCCAUCAUCUUCAUCUUUCAUUAUCAACUUGAUUUUUGAAUAAAGAAGAAGAAUUCAUAAAAAUGCAUCUCAAAUCCAUCCUCUUCACACUCGCCGCAUCGACGACCCUCGUCGCCGCCGGCAGCGACUACUAUUGUCUCAUGGCGCAGGACGGCACGGGCAUGAUCCAGAGCCCGUACUGCUGUGAUAGUUUCUCUCCUACGCCGGGAGAUUCGAUUGCUCAGCAGGGGGAGAAUUGCCAGGCGAUGGACGGAUAUGAGUGGGUGGAUCAGUGUCCUCAGGGUGGGACUGUCAAGUGUUGUUAUACUAUUGGUCCCGAGUUCAUCUGCACAGCAGAAGCAGAGCAGAACACGGAUGAUGAUUGA